AUGGGUUCAUCUUUAUUUUGGUUUGAUAAUUGGACUGGGCUGGGAGCUUUGUAUUUCCUAGUUCCUCCAGAUUUUGGUGUUGAUGAGAGCAUACAUAAUGUAUUUGAGGUGCUGGAAAAUAGUGCUUGGAAUGUUGAUAGGCUAUUGGAGAUUUUGCCAGAAGAACUGGCACUGCAUAUAGUCGAAAACAUCACACCUCUAGUUCAGGAAAAUGUCCUAGAUACUCCUUAUUGGAUGCUGGAAACCAAAGGGCAUUUCAGUGUAAAAUCUGCCUGGGAUUAUCUACGAAGGAGGGAUGAUCCUAGGAUAGCUUAUAAGAUAAUUUGGGUUUGGAGAGCCAAACUAUCUCUUGGCGACUUCAUGAGAAGAUUGGGGUACUUCAUGCCAUCGAGGUGUUGGUGUUGUGCUGAUCCUAAGGAGAAAACUUUGGUGCACUUGUUUUUCACAUCAAAGGCUGCAACUAUAGUGUGGAAAUACUUUCUAGGGAGAGCAGGAAUAGCUGUGGAUGGACUGACUUUGCACCAAAAAAGAAGAAACAGUCUAAAGUAUAGGGAGAUUGUAUCAGUCAGCAGGGUCAUAUACCAAGUCUCAACAACUCUUCAAGCCUUAGUUCAAGUAAGAAAGCCAAGCCUUCGAGUGCCUCACAGAUGGCAAGAACUGUUGUCCAUGUUGGAAAAUUAUACUCCAAGACUGAAAGUUGAUAAAGUUUUAUGGGAGUUUCCAAUGGAGGGGUGGAUCAAGGUUAACAUUGAUGGAGCAUCUAGACGGAACCCAGGGAGAAGCUCGAUUGGCUUUUGUGUGAGGGAUGAGGUUGGUGAUCUGAGGUACACUUUAGGAAUGGAGAUUGCUGAAGGUUCAAACACCGAAGCAGAGGCAGUAGCAAUUGUGGAAGCUUUGAAGCUGUGUAAAACACAGAAUUAUUCUCAGAUUUGGCUUCAAACUGAUUCAUUGCUACUGAAGAACAUAAUAGAGGGAAGCUGGAAACCACCUUGGGGUAUUAUUGAACAUGUGGAGGAGAUUAGGAAUUUGAUGGAGGAGUUUAAUAUAAGGGUGUCACACAUAUUCAGAGAGGAGAAUAAAUUGGCAGAUCAUUUGGCAAAUUAUGCUCUUGAUAUUGGCAAUAUUGAGUGCUAUGAUUUCUGGCAGCUAGUCUCUCAAGGCGGAAGGAUUGUAAAUGAAGACAAGAUACAAUGCCCAUAUCCACAUAUGGUAGUAUUAGUGCUAAGCACUCAUUCCACUAGAAGGAAGUUAAAGUUAGGCAAAAGCAUAGAAGCAAGGAGAAGUACACUGCUGCCCAGAAAUGCAGUCAUAUGCAGGGGACAUUACUGUGGCUAUGACUUAUUUAAUGAUGGAUCUUCAAUUGGGUUGUUGAAGUUAACACGGCUCAAAUCAAAGCAAUCAAAGAGACCCAGACAUUUUGACUUGCAAAAAGGAAGUGCAAAGAUUGACGAGUCAGAUAGCAGCUUUAGGGAGGUUUAUAUCAAGAUCAUCGGAAAGAAGUUAAAAAUUAUUCUCAGUAUUAAAGAAGUAAAAGUAUUUUGA